UCGUUAUGGGAACCUCUGGCCGAAAAGCAGAAGAAAAACACACUUUUCUGUUCGUGCACUAAUUCGCAAUUUUCUCUAAUUUUGCAUCCGCGUUUCCCACUUUCAGUAAUCGGCUGUGAUUUGUUAAAUAACUGCACGGGUUUGUCCUCGGUUUGUGUGUUUGUGCGCGCUGGCGAGACCGUCAAGUUGACACUCCCGCCCUACUCUUGCCCACCCACCAUCGCAUGCCGCCGCGUGUCCAUCCCCAUUACACGACCGCCAUCGACUCUGGUCUGGCUACGCUCGCCGUGUUUUAACCUUUCUGACAUUGAAAAUUGUCAUCACUUGAAAAUCACUACUGCUGGGAGUAGGGACGGUGUCGCGUGCUCUGAUCGUUGUUUCCCGUGAUCCGUUCCGAACCCUAAGAAGGCCGUACGGGUUCUUGCUUGAAGUGUUACUUUUCCGUUUUGAUUCUUGUGUUUGUGGCCAAAUCCAGUGGAAAAUCACGCGUUGGAAAUUUGCAGUGUUUACAUAAACCCCUGAACCGCCCUCUUAAGAAAGGCACUAAUAUUCCCCCUCCCGUUUGGUUCUGCCGAUUGUGAAUUCUCGGCGGCUUUCGUUGUGUAAAUCCAAGCAACAGUGCCUACUACUCCUCAUCGCCGUCGCCCUCGUCGUCCGUUUCGUUCGUUUGGGAGGUCGAGACUCCUCGGGAGGCGUCAGGUGUUCGGUGCAGUACCACCACCCCCGUUCUUUAUGGUGACGGUUCCUACGGCCGGCUUCACGACUAUCUGAUACGGUACCGCUCGGGCCGACAUCCCUGUGUAGCACCCGCGCGUAAAAUAAGCCUCAAGAAAAGGAUGGCCAAAGACGAAGAGGAUGAUCUGCUGCCCGACAAGGAUGCGGCCAAAGGAUUCUACGCCAAGUACGAACCGAAGGAGAUCCUCGGCAGAGGAAUCAGCUCAACGGUUCGGCGAUGUAUCGACAAGGAGACGGGCAAGGAAUAUGCGGCGAAGAUCAUUGAUCUUGGAGCAGCCGAGAUGGGCGAUUCGAAUCACAUGCUGGAUGCGACGCGACAAGAAAUCCAAAUUCUGCGCCAGGUCAUGGGACACAAGUUUAUCAUUGAGCUGCAAGAUGUGUUUGAAUCGGAUGCAUUCAUAUUCCUCGUGUUCGAGCUGUGCCGGCAGGGCGAGCUGUUCGACUAUCUGACCUCGGUUGUUACGCUGUCGGAGAAAAAGUCUCGCUACAUCAUGCGGCAAAUCUUUGAGGGUGUCGAUUACAUCCACUCCAAGAACAUCGUGCAUCGUGAUCUGAAACCGGAAAACAUUCUACUGGACGAUAAUCUUAAUGUCAAGAUAACAGAUUUCGGGUUCGCCCGGGUUCUCAAGGCGGGCGAAAAGUUGUAUGAUCUCUGCGGUACCCCUGGCUAUUUGGCGCCGGAAACGCUUAAAUGCAACAUGUUUGAGGACGCGCCUGGCUAUUCGCGUGAAGUGGACAUAUGGGCUUGUGGUGUCAUCAUGUUCACGCUACUGGUGGGAUGUCCUCCUUUCUGGCAUCGAAAGCAGAUGGUGAUGCUGCGUAACAUAAUGGAAGGAAAAUAUAGCUUUACAUCGCCCGAAUGGGCCGAUAUCUCCGAGGAUCCAAAGGAUUUGAUCCGUAAAUGCCUAGUGGUCGAUCCGACGAAGCGAAUCACCGUCACAGAAGCAUUGAAGCAUCCGUUCUUCAACACAGUUCUUUUCGAGCAAGAUAUUGGACCUCUGAAACGAAGCCUUUCGGUUAAAUCGAGGCGCUUCAGUCGCAUUGCUGAUCUCGCACUGAAUCCGACGGAAAAUCUUCGUAAGCAAAGCCAAUUCAACGCCAGGAAAAAGUUUCAGUUCGCAAUUCUCUGUGUGCGCGCGAUGAUUCGCAUCAAGAGGCUACGGUACACGCCGGAACCGUUGCGCGUCGAGGAUGCACUGAGAGACCCGUAUCGCGUGAAGGUGCUUCGCAAGGUCAUCGAUGGCUGUGCAUUUCGAGUGUACGGUCACUGGGUCAAGAAGGGCGAGGGCCAGAACCGGGCCGCUCUGUUCGAGAAUACGCCUCGAUGCGAGGUUUAUAAUCUUUAUAUCAACAGCCUUAACCGAUAAGCUGUAACGGCUGCCGCCCGGAUACCGUACCGAGCUGUGAAGUGAAUUCCGUAAACUCGCGGUAAUUCCAUAGAGGAAGUAGACAGCCAACAGCAGCGCGUGCCCGCGGGAGCUUUUGUAAGGACUCUCCGUCUAGUGAAGGAUGCGAGGAAGAAGCAGUAGCAUUCGCGCCAUUGUAGAGCGCUCCUGUCCUGUCCUGCCUGCUGCAGCUUGUGACUCUGCGCUCACGAGGAGGGGGGCAGUUUACGUUAACAUUCGAUAAGCAAUUAGCAAUGGCAGGUUAGGGCCUCCCAUUCUCCGUGGCUAAGCUUAACUAGGUUCUGAGCUUACGGUACUCUCAGUUUGUACGAGGUGUGAGUCAGUUCGGGAUCCGGUUGGUAAUAUUUGCGUUAACCUACUUAAAAGCCACCAGGCACGUGGCUGAAUGCCACACGGGCAUGGAUAAUUGUUAUGCAGGGUCCCGUGACAAAUACAAGGGCAAAAAAGCGAGCCCCUCUCUUCAGGAAACGAUAUUAUGUUACUACUUCUCUUUUUUUAUUUCUCUUUUUUUAUACAAUAAUAGUAUAACUAAGUUAGGCAUAUGAACAUAAUUGUUAAUAGCUGCUAAGAAUAGCAAUAAACACAAAGCUGUAAAACAAUGAA